GCUGAUCUUCACAAAGCCAGUUUCAUUUGCAGCCUGCACUCAUUCACAGCAGAGACGGAGAACUAACACGGCCGACCGCUCGCAGCUGAUCAUGGACGCCAUAGAUCCCAUCAUAUCCAUCGCCUCACAGAUCUACGCGCUGGCCGAGCGAGUGAAGGCCAAUAAGAAGCGCUGCCGCCACGUGUGUGACCGGGUCAGAGCCCUGGAGCAGAUGGUGAGGUCCAUCAAACAGGGGGGACGGGGACAGAUCCCCGAGGACGUGGAGAGACCUCUGAGGGAGCUGUCCAUCACCCUAGACGCGGCGCAGAAGCUCAUCGAGACCUACACCACGGCCAACUGGGUGAAGCAGGUCCUGAAGUCCGGCAGCCACGAGGACGAGUUCAAAAGCGUGAACCAGCGGCUGACGGACGCCUUCCAGGUGCUGUCGGUCGGUCUGCAGGUGGAGCAGCGGAACCUGAGGGUGUUUGAUCCGGACUCCAGACAGGACGAGGUGGACGGGAGGGAGGACGACGCCGAGCUGCAGAGAUUGCUCGAGGAGUUCCAGAAGGAGCAGCAGGAGAAGAUGGAGGCCAUGAUUAAAGAAUUUGAAUUUGUCAAAAACAACGUGGAAAAGAUCGUGGCGAUCAUUAACAAGCCCAGAGCCAGUGAUGAAGACAUCCGAAUGAUCAAACCAGAAGAGCUGGACUACGGAGGCUCCAAGGAGCCCUUCAUGGUAACAGGCACCUCAGAGGUCUACAAGGGACUGUACCGAAAAUUUCCAGUGGCCAUCAAGAGAUACAUUGACCCUUUGAACACCAACCCAAGGGAGGUCCGAGGAAUUUUCGAAAAGGAGGUUGAAACCAUGAAGCGGUUUGAGUCGCCCAACAUCCUGCGCAUGUUUGGCAUCUCUGUCCAGCACGAGGACGGACCCAACCCGGAGUUCCUCGUCAUCAUGGAGUACUGUGAGAAGGGAAGUCUCCGUCAGGUUCUGGACAAAUCUGGUAGUAGGCUGUCCUGGAUCACGAAAGCUCGUAUGUGUCGGGACGCAGCUCGAGGACUCUACCGGCUGCACCAGACGGAGGAAAAGUCUAAAGUUCACGGAUGCAUCAACAGCAGCAAAUUCCUGGUGACUGAAGGCGACACAGUGAAGCUGGGAGGUUUCGAGCUGGCAAAGACGGAGACGUCUCUGAGAAAGCCGAAGAAGGACAAAGAGAAGGACAUCAGGCCGCUGUGUUACACGUCUCCCGAGAUGCUCAAAGACAUCAACCGCAGCUACAGCAAAGAGAGCGAGAUUUACAGCUUUGGAAUCGUGCUGUGGGAAGUUGCAACUGGCAAAAGACCUUUUGAAGGUUUGUCAAAUCAGGAAGUUUAUCAGAAAGUGUGCAAAGAGAAAUACAAGGAGCCGAUGCUCGCCGACAGCGACUGUCCUGAACGACUGGUGCGUGUGAUCGACGAAUGUCGGGCCUACGACAGUUUCCAGAGACCGUCUGCAGGAGAGCUGGUGGAUAAACUGCAGAGCGUGGUGACGCAGUUAGAGAUGUGCUGAAUCUCCUCAAUCGUCUACGUCACAAGAAGAAAUAUUACUGUAUGAAUCAUAAAAGUGAUCUGUGACUUGAAGAAAACUUCUAUAUAAUGCACAUAGUAAGUUCACAAGGCAUUAAACACAUUUUUAUCUUAGGUCAGUUCUCAUUAGGCGGGUUUCCAUUACAGAUUUAAACUUAAGUGAU